AUGUCAUCGAAAAAUUCACUUGGAGACUAUGAGGAAAAACGUGAUUUUAAAAAAACAAAUGAACCAAAACCAUCAGAUAAUGAUAUUAAUACAAAUGAAUAUCGAUUUGUUGUUCAAGAACAUCAUGCGUCCAUACUUCAUUUUGAUUUUCGACUAGAAUAUAAUGGUGUUAUGAAAAGGUCGAUACCAAAAGGACCAAGUUUGAAUCCUCGGGAUAAACGUUUAGCAAUUAUGGUUGAAGAUCAUCCAAUACCAUAUAUGAAUUUUGAAGGAAAAAUACCAGAUGGAGAAUAUGGAGCAGGUUGUGAAGUACGUACAUGGGAUAUCGGAACGUAUGAACCCUUGGAUGAACUUGAUACGAAUGCAGGAAUAGAAAAAGGAAAAUUAACAUUUAAACUUUAUGGAAAAAAAUUACAAGGUGAAUUUCAUAUGAUUCGAUCUCGAUUUGGAUCAAAUCAGCGUGCAAAUCAAUGGCUUCUAAUGAAGAAAAAAGAUGAAUUUGCUGAUGAAAAUUUUGUACUUGAACGUAUAUUAAAUUAUGGUUCACGACGUGAUUUACAACCAUUUACUCAAGGAAAAAGACAACGACAAUCAACAUCACCUAAACGAACUACGAAAAAACGUUCAUAA